GGCGGCAGCGGAGGAGAGGGGGAGGGGAGGCGGAACGCCACGCGAGACGCGACAGGACAGGAGCGACCGCAACGGGCGGGGUCACGAACUCUGACCUCCAGAGCCGGAGCCGCCGCCGACCAAUCCCCCCACCCCACUGCAGCCGCGCCUGUCAGAGGGUGUCCAGAAAAUAAUUAUGCAUUCAAGGAACAGAAUGUAACACCAGUAACUUGAGAACCCUGGUGAUUGAAGAUCAUGGCAACCAUUGAGGAACUGGCCCAUCAGAUUAUUGAGCAGCAAAUGGGGGAGAUAGCACAUUCCCAAGCAUCUGUCACACAAACACUAAUGGAUGGGUCAGCGCAAAGAAUUCAAAUUGUCCCUGCAGAUACAGGUCUCACCUUACCUCAACGCAUACAGAUUGUGACAGAUCAGCAGACUGGACAGAAGAUUCAGAUUGUUACAGCACUUGAUCAGACUGCAACAGGCAAGCAGUUCAUUUUAACAAAUCAUGAUGGUUCUACCCCAAGCAAAGUGAUCCUUGCCAGGCAAGAUGCAACUCCAGGAAAAGUUUUCCUAGCAACUCCAGAUGCUGCAGGAGUCAACCAGCUUUUCUUUGCAUCUCCAGAUAUAUCUGCACAACACAUUCAGAUUUUAACAGAUAAUUCUUCCACAGAACAAACCUUAAAUAAAGUAUUUGAUCUCUGUGUAGUCUGUGGAGAUAAGGCAUCAGGACGACAUUAUGGAGCUGUAACAUGUGAAGGAUGCAAAGGAUUCUUUAAAAGAAGCAUACGAAAGAAUUUAGUGUAUUCAUGUCGAGGGGCAAAAGACUGUGUGAUUAACAAACACCAUAGAAACAGAUGUCAGUACUGUAGGCUACAGAGAUGUAUUGCUUUUGGAAUGAAGCAAGAUUCUCCACACCCUUUUGUAGCUGUUCAAUGUGAGAGGAAACCUGUUGAAGUAUCACGAGAAAAGUCUUCAAAUUGUGCAGCUUCAACAGAAAAGAUUUACAUCCGGAAAGAUUUGCGCAGCCCACUAACAGCAACUCCAACCUUUGUCACAGACAGUGAAACAGCAAGGUCGACAGGAAUGUUGGAGUCUGGAAUGUUUGUGAACAUUCAUCAGUCUAGUAUAAAGAAUGAGCCUGCAGUGCUGAUGACUCCAGAUAAGGCUGAGACAUGUCAAGGAGAUUUAAGUACAUUGGCAAAUGUGGUAACAUCAUUAGCAAGUCUAAGCAAGUCCAAAGACAUGUCUCAAAGUAGUCCUGACCUAUCUGUGAUAGAAAGCUUAAGCAAUGGAGAUGCAUCAUUGUCUGAACUCCAGCAAGAUGAACAGGCAAACACUGAUGUUUCAAGGGCAUUUGAUACUCUUGCAAAAGCAUUGAAUCCUGGAGAAAAUGCAUCAUGCCAGAGCUCUGCAGAAAGUAUGGAAGCCAGUGCACGUCUCGUUGGUGAAGAAGCAAACAUGAAUAUUGUUGAAAUAGAGGGCCCUCUUCUCAGCGAUGCUCAUGUAGCUUUCAGGCUCACCAUGCCUUCUCCUAUGCCUGAAUACCUGAAUGUUCAUUAUAUUUGUGAAUCAGCAUCUAGAUUGCUCUUUUUAUCUAUGCACUGGGCACGUUCCAUUCCUUCUUUUCAAGCUCUAGGGCAAGACAACAGCAUAUCAUUAGUUAAAGCCUGCUGGAAUGAACUCUUUACUCUUGGUCUUGCACAGUGUUCACAAGUAAUGAAUGUAGCAACUAUAUUAACUGCAUUUGUUAAUCACCUUCAUAGUAGUUUACAGCAAGAUAAGCUGUCAGCAGAUAGAGGAAAGCUUGUGAUGGAACAUAUCUUCAAACUGCAGGAAUUCUGCAACAGUAUGGUGAAGCUUUGUCUGGAUGGUUAUGAAUAUGCUUAUUUGAAAGCAAUUGUACUCUUCAGCCCUGAUCAUCCAGGCUUAGAAAAUGUGGUACAGAUUGAAAAAUUUCAAGAAAAAGCAUAUAAGGAGUUUCAAGAUUAUGUAACAAUAGUAUAUCCAGAUGAUACCUACAGACUGUCUCGGUUACUUCUCAGAUUGCCUGCCCUGAGACUGAUGAGUGCUGCUAUCACAGAAGAAUUAUUUUUCGCAGGACUAAUUGGAAAUGUUCAAAUAGACAGCAUCAUACCAUAUAUUCUAAGAAUGGAGACUGCAGAUUACAACUCCCAAAUAAUUGGCCAUGCUGUAUAAAUGUUGAACCACAGAUUGUAUACCAUGGCAAUCAUGGUGAUGUAAAUGUACACUUAUCUCCAAGAGAUAACAAGAAACUUUCCAGUGCAACAAGAAAAAUAAAAGAAGAUGCAACUUUCUCUCUUCCUGAGCAUUUGGGAAACACAGCAGAAUAGCUUGAGUGAUACAGGAUGACUUUUUAUCUGGUUUUCAAGAACUUGUACAUUACUUAGAAUCUAAUGAAAACAAAGAGUAGUUCAUCCUAUUUUUGUAGCUUAGCUGUAUCUGGAACACUGACAUUAAGAACGCCAGACAAAUGUAUGAAACAGUCUUUGGUUGGGGAGAAACUUCACCAAUACAUUUCAGCUUGAUGUUUGAAAAAAUAAAUUGACUUUUUUCCCUCUGUUGUGUUUUUAGUAUCUUGUUUCUACAAAUUCAGUUUUGUCAGUUUUGAUAUAUGUCUGAAAUCCUGAACAAGCCAUUUUAUUUUCUUCUGCAACAUCUUAAGAUUUUUUUGCUAUCUUUCAGCUACUUUGAACAGAAAUUUUUGUUCAACCAACUUGGCAUUUUUCAAACAUAGGACAGCUGUGAAACUGGCUUGAAGAUAUUAGCACUCCAAAGUACUUAUACUAUUUGGUUUAAUUCAAGAAACCAAUAGAUGUCAUGUUCAGAGUUAUGAUUUAAAAUUAAAAGUAUUAUAAAUAUUUUAAUGGCAUCAGGGUUUUUUUCUGUGCUAGAAUUUAAGUUGUGCAAUAUUCUUAUAUAGUGCCAGCUCUAUUUUAGUCAGAUGUCCCUUCACACAGCUAAGAAUCAAAUUGACUAAUGUUAGAGAUGCCAUUUCAGUCCAAGCAUUUGAGCCAAUUUACCACCUUUAGUGGACCUCCAGUAUCAGUCUUGACUCUUCUUCAAGAUUUAGAUAAGUUCUCAAUGCAGUUGUUUAAAAAAAAGGGGGGGAGGGGUCAGAUAUAUAAACCAAUUAUGGAAUUUAUGUUCAUUCUGUUUUCCUGAACAGUACUGAGUACAGAAUCCUCUUUACAAGUUUUAUGUUGUCAUAAUAUGCUUACUGCUGAACACCUUCAGUCUUUGAACUUUUUCCCCAGGGCACUUCUGCUUAUUAAAGGGUUUUUUAAAAUUGCCAUAUAAUAAAGUUAACCAAGCACCAACUUCAAAUAUCAAUUUACUGUUAUCAAGAAUGGUCCAUGAUUUUUUUAAAAAUAACUUUAUUUUAAAUCUUGAUCAUACUAACACAACUGCCUCUAGUUGAGAGUUCUUGCUAACAGGUCUGUGAAAAGGGCUUUCUAUAAUUUGAAAGAUAGGAUUCUUUGCAUCAGGUUUUUCUAAACUGAUUGAAUUAGUCUUACAUAUUUUAUUGCAUCCCCUAACAAUAAUGAAGUGAAGAGUUGCAUUUCCCCCAAAAAGAUACGUGCGUGUGCGUGUGUGAUGCGUGAAACUACGUGCACACAUAAGAGUUGUAUUAUAUUUUCUUGAUUCUAUAUUAACAGGUAUAUAUUGUAGUUACAAUUUGAGCUGUUUUAAAUCCUUCUAAAAUGUCUACUGCAUUGUACAUCUCCCUAAUGGGCUCAAUAUAUUAUUGUUAUACUUAUUUCUUUCCGCUAUCACUGGAAAUCAAUUACUUUUUCAUUCCGUUCCAUUUUUGUAUAAAUUUUAUUUGUAGUUCAGUUGUAGCAUAAGCCUCAGAAUGUUCUAAUUACUGUCUUGCCAUUGUAUAAAAAUUUCUGUAAAUGUCUUGAAAUCUGAAGAAGUGUAAAUUCUAUUUUGGCUGUAUUUUUAAAAAUAAAUUGUAAUUUUUAUUAUGGAA